AUGGCGGAAAGGAAUGAUGCAUUGUCAAAUAUAAUAACUAUCGAUGGAUCAUUUCUUGAAGGCGGUGGUCAAAUUCUUCGUAAUUCGACAGCAUUGAGUGUUUUACUGGAGAUACCUAUUCAAGUAGAGAAAAUUCGAGCUGGCCGAUCACAAGGUGGUUUACGACCACAACAUCUUACUGGUAUACAACUUUUAGCUCAAUUGUCGGAAGCUAAACUUCAUAAUGGAAAUAUUGGUGCGACAGAAAUUUUUUUCACACCUAAAACAAUUAGAGGUGGUAAUUAUUUAGCAGAUACAAAAACUGCUGGGAGUGUAUGUUUAAUAAUGCAAACUGCCAUUCCAUGUCUACUUUUCGCUAAUGAUUCAUCUUAUUUAAGAUUACUUGGAGGAACUAAUGCAGAUUUUGCACCUGAAAUUGAUUAUUACUCAAUGAUUUUUCAACCAAUAGCUAAAAAAUUUAAUUUCAAUUUUGACAUGAAUAUUAUUCGACGAGGCUACUAUCCAAGAGGUGGCGGUGAAGUUCGUAUCACUGUAAAUCCAAUCGAUCAGUUAACAGCUGUUGAUUUAACAGAAUUUGGACAGAUUAAAAAAUUUUUUGGUCGAGCAUUUGUUGCUGGAACAUUAUCUAAACGAAUUGCUCAUGAAAUGGCGGAUGCAGCUGAAAAACUAAUACACAAAAAAUAUUCAAAAGAUAUUCCAGUUGAAAUUCUUGUUCUUAAAGAACCAGAUAACAUAGCUAUGGGAACAGCUACUGGUAUCAUAGUUGGAGUUGAAACAACAACAGGCUGUCUACUUGCAGCAAGUGCGCUAGGCAAACGAGGUGUACCAGCGUACGAUGUUGGUACACAGGCAGCACAAGAUUUACUCGAUGAUUUAUCAUAUCAACCUUGUGUUGAUCGGCAUUUACAAGAUCAAUUAAUCAUUCUAAUGGCUCUUGCUAAAGGUCAUUCAAAAGUUCGAUGUGGUCCAUUAUCGGAUCAUACUAAAACAGCCAUUUAUAUUGCUGAACUUUUGACUAAAGUAAAAUUUCAAAUUACAGAAGUAUCAUCAUUGAAACUUGAAAAUGAUCAAUCGAAUUCUAACACAUCAGAAGCAGCAGCUACUGCAUCUUGUAUAUCGCAUGGUGCUACUAUCGUCGAAUGUGAAGGAUUAGGUUACCAACGACGAUCGUAA